UGCUCCUUCCGGUCUGCGCGGCGGGAAUGGCAACCGGAAGCGGAACUGCCGCCAGACCGGAAGCGGACCGCGGCGGGGCGGUGGAGCCGGGGAUGAGCGCCAUGCGCUCUGACGACGAUGACGACGAGGGGCCCUCCCCCUCCUCCGGGUGGGACUGGGAGUGCCCGCGUGUGCGGCGCCGCGUGGAGGAGCUGCACUUCGGCCCCGGGGGGCUCCUGAGCUCCAGCCCGGAGGAAAUCCGCAAUUUCUGGGCUUUCUUCGAACGGCUGCGACGCUUCCAGAACCGGAAACCAACGCCGAGCGGCACCGGAAAGGACCCGGCGCCGUCGCUGGGGCUCCCGCGGCGUUACGACGCCUUGCACCGCAUCAACCUGGCGUUGACGGAGCCCCGAACCCGGCACCGCGACCGUGACCACCCCGCCGUGCCCGGCGAGCGGCGGGCAGAGCUCCACCGAGCCCUCCUCCACUAUUUAGACUUCGUCCAAAAGCAGAGUUUCGCCAAACUGGCCAAGAUCCGGCGGGACCGGGCGGCGCUGCCCAUCGCCCGCUUCCGCGAGCCCAUCCUGCGGGCCGUGGCGCGGCACCGCGUGGUGCUGGUGGCGGGGGACACGGGUUGUGGGAAAUCCACACAGGUGCCGCAGUUCUUGUUGGAGGCCGGGUACCGGAACGUGGCCUGCACGCAACCGCGUCGCAUCGCCUGCGUCGCCUUGGCCAAGCGCGUGGCCUACGAGAGCCUGCAGCAGCACGGCGACCAGGUGUCACCCAUUCUCCCUCCAGUUUUCGACCCAUUCUCCCCCAGUUUUCGACCCAUUCUCCCCCAGUUUUCGACCCAUUCUCCCCCCAGUUUUCGACCCAUUCUCUGGCUUUGGGGGGGAAAGGAGGGAGAUGUGGGGGAGAGGAGGGAGUUUUGGGGGGCGAGCAGUGAGUGCUGGUCACCGUGGUGCUCCGGUGCCCCCCAGGUGUUCGACGUUCCCCCCCCUGGCGUCAGGAAAUGCAUCCUGGCCACCAACAUCGCCGAGACCUCGGUGACCAUCGACGGCGUCCGCUUCGUGCUGGACUCUGGUGCGCCGUGCUCCUGCCCUUCCUUCCCUUUUUCUUCCUCCCUUCCCUUCUUUUCCCCCUUACUUCCUCCUUUUCUUUCCUCUUGCCCCCCACCCCCCAAUUUUGGUGCCUCCAUCCAGGUGAAAUCAGAGCGUGCCGCCGGUUCUCGGAAGUGGUGCCGGCGGCGCGGGUUGGAGGAGCACCGGCUCUACGAGGCCGCCAACCUCCGGCGCCAGUUCCAGGAGCUGCUCCGGGACCACCACCUCGUGGAACCCCCCACCAGCGACCCCAGGACCCCCACCCAACGCCGGCAGCGCCGCGCUUUGCACCGCCUCUACCGCUCCCACCGCGGCACCGAGUCCCGACCCCGCAAAGUGCUGAGGCUGCGCCACGGCACCGCCGCGUCCUCGGGGGGGGAGGAAGAGGAGGAGGAGGAAGGGGGGUCCCGGGAACGCGGCGUGGACAUCCAGGACGUGAAGUUCCAGCUGCGGCACGACGUGGCGGAGCUGCAGGCAGCAUCCAGCUCCAUCCUGAGCCCAUCCCACCUCUCCCUCCUCAAACUGGUGCUGUGCCGGGGGCUGUACCCCCAGCUCGCCGUCCCCGACCCCCUCAACGAGAGCCGCAAGGAUUCCGACCAGAUUUUUCACACCAAGAGCAAGCAAGGCAUCGCGCUCCACCCCACCUGCGUCUUCGCCACCAGCCCUGAGCUGCUGCACACGCGGGAGCGGACGGAGCGCGGCGGCAACAACGAGGACGGGAUGAGCUCCCACCACCAGCUGCUCGCCUUCGUCUCGCUGCUGGAGACCACCAAGCCCUACCUGGUCAACUGCAUCCGCGUCCCCGCUCUGCAGACCCUCCUGCUCUUCUCCCGCUCUCUGGACACCAACGCGGACUGCACGCUGCUGGUGGCAGACCAAUGGUUGGAGCUGCUCCUCCCGGACCCCAACUCGGCGCUGCGGCUCCUGGGGACCGCGCUGCGGCUCCGCGCCGCCUGGGAGCAACUCCUGGAUCAGCGCUUGGGGGGCAGCGGUGGGGCAGAGCCCGGGGAGCGGGACAUGGCUGCGCUGAGACGAGGGCUGCUGGAGUUCCUGCAGGAGGAGGUGCCGUACCGCCUGCGCCAGCUGACAGCACUGCAGCAGCGCUCUCUCUACGUCGGACCCCAGACGGUGACGGCGUUCCCGCAGCUCCCGGGGCUCUUCCAGGGGAUGGAGAUGAAACCCCACGAAACGAAGGGCGGUCACCGCGUGACCCAGUUCCUCACCUACAACUGCUUGGCGACGGACGCGGACCUCUACAACGAGUGUCUCCGGAGCUUCUGGACGUGUCCCCACUGCGGGCUCCACGCGCCCUUCACCCCCAUGGAGCGCGUCUGCCACGAGAACGCGUGUCGGCCGCCGGACGAACCCCAAGACGAGGAGCCCCACGGCUGCCCCCCAACCUCAGCCCUCCAGCGGCCGUACCACUGCGACGUGUGCCAGCGGGAUUUCUCCUUCACCCCCACCGAGAUCCUCCGGCACCGGCGGCAGCACCGCUGAUGGGAGAAAUCCCAAAAGGGAGAUUCGGGACCCCCGCCUCCCACCCUGAAAACGAAACGAUUCGUCUCGCUUCCGGCCCAGACCGGCGGUGUUCGUCCCCUCAGCGCAGGGGAUCUCUCGGAGUUCACCUUCACGCCGCCUUAAUGAGGAGACGGAGUUAAUUUAUUAAUGGCAGCGGUGCUGCUCGUCAGUGCGAUGUGUGACAUCGGUGCGACGCGGGCGGUCCCCCCCCCAUGCCCCCACCACCCCUGCCUCGCUGCAGCCUUGGUUUGGUGGUCCCUGCGGAGCUGAUGUGGAGAAAUUCUGGUGUCAUUGAGCACAGAACGUGGGGGGCUUUGUCCCAUCCCCGUCCUCAUCAUGUCCGGGGCGCCCCAUAUACAAGGAAACCCAUAGACUUCUGAACAGAGGGAGAAAUCCCACAGAAAUUCCCAUCAUUUUGGGGUAUUUUCUGCCCACAAACGUUAACACCACGGAGACGAAUUUCUUCGUUACAGCGCGGAGGAACCAAAGCAAUUAGCAGUAAUUACCGAGCGCACCGACAUGAUGUAAUUAACAGGGACGGGUUCGUUAAGCCAAGCGGAGCGGGGAGGAAAUUGGGGGAGUUUGGGGGUCUUCCCUUCUGUGGGGGUCUCUGUAGUGUACCACUUUCCCUUCUUUAAUUAAUUAACUAAAGCAAUUAAAUGAAACAAGGCAAAACCAUCAAACCCAAUGAAGAAGUUGUCAUUAAGGGGUAAUCACGUUUAUAGGUGAAAUAAAAGCUUGUAAUUAAGA